AAAUUAUUGAUUUCGAAAUAAUUAAAUACUAUCGAUAGUUUCGUGUGACGCCGCCAUCCCUUUGAAAUGUCUAUGUCGUCUAUGGCGGUUGUCUACCAACUCUACUAAAAACUUGAAACAUGGUAUUUUAAGAAAUAUUGAUCACAUUUAUAACAUGUGUAAUCAAUGCGAGGAAAUAAAUAGGAAAGAAAAUGGUUUAUUUGUCAGUUUAAGAGGAAAAACCAGAAUGUUAGUAGCGUUAAUACUAAGUUUGCUUACGUUUACAGUCUAAAAAUAGUAAAUGAAGUAAAAUAAGUCUUUAUUUACAAAUCGAGAUAUAGCUAAACGUCAAUAUCAGCCGUCAGGAAAAGUGUCAGUGUCAGAAACCGGGAAAUAAUAUUUCAUUGUAUUUGACUCCGCCCCUAAAUUUUGACAAAUAUUUUCAAAACAAAGUUAUAAUCAUUAAAAUUUUCUAAAAUUUUGUGGUAAUAAAAUAAUAGCAGUGCUUUGUAUAGUAAGUUAAUAGUGUAAUAAUAAACAGCCUACUGUUUGUAAAGUCAUUACUUGAAAAUGUUUCAAGAAAACGAAGAUGAUUACAAAUUUGCGUCUUGUACGUAUUUUGCGAGGAAUCACCCUGGGGAAAUGUGUGGUAGUAAUGGUUUACCCCUUACGCCAAGUUCUAUAACUAUAUUGGGGCGAGCUCAGCGCCUACUGACCAUAGAACACCCUAACUUAUGCACCUAUCUCGAUGUAAUCAGAGGCAAACACGAAAGAAUAAUAGUGGUAGCAGAGGUUAUAGGCAAAUCAUUAAAAGAAUGUAAAAGUAAGUUUUCAUAUGAGGAGAUAAGUAAUAUAGGGAAACAAGUAGCUAUUGCCCUCAAGUACUUGCACAAUCAGGACAUAAUACAUCGCACAUUGUCUGAUGAUAAUAUAUUGGUAGAUAACAAUGGAAGAGUUAAGCUUUUCAAUUAUGGCUUGUAUUACAUGACUGAUGCUGGUAGUGAAGUUUCCUUUCCUUUGGGCUUACCAAGAUACUUAAGUCCAGAAACAAUACUUAAUGGUGGUGGUCCAGCAGCCGAUGUAUGGAGUUAUGGUAUCAUCAUACUUGAAAUGUGCAUUGGAAAACUCUGGAGCAAUCUAAAACCUGGCCCUAUACUGAGAAGGAUACUGACGCUAGUGCAUGCUAACAACCCUGCGGAGAGGAUAGCUAGAGAACAUGAUUGCUUUGAACAGUAUAAACAAGUACCAGAAAAUCUAAGGAAGGUAAUAGAAAAAUGUCUUAAAAUCUAUCCCAGUGAGAGAGCAACAUUUAAUGAUUUAGUUGAGGAACUAUCUCAAAUGGACUCAAAACAGCUUGUUGAAGUAAAACCAGCUCGAGGUCUGAUGGGCUGUAAGCUGCAACACCUUUACCACUGGUGGCAACUGGCUGGAGGCGAUAUACAAGCAGAAUUAAAAAGAAAUUGCCUUAUAAAGAAUAGUCCGCCCAUAUUGUCAAUGCCUAUAGCGAUUCUCUUAGAUGGAUGCACCAUAGGCGGUAAAGAUGGCGCCUUAUUCGACAGACGGAUAGCUAAAUAUAGCUUAGACUUGCUAAAGUCUCGCCUAAGUCACGUACCGCCUCAAGAUUAUUACCCUCUCAUGCACGAAAGGAAAAAAGAAUACGAUGCUGUGGCCUUACCAAAGAUAAUUCGGGAAAGAGACACUGAAUAUCAGUUUUAUAGAUUGCUGUGGUUUCAGAGACUCUUGCAUGGCUAUCCCUACACAGCGCCGUACAUAAGGGCAGAAGCUGAGAUCGACAUCCCCCCUCUUGUCCGCGGCGACGUAUGGGCAGCCCUAUUAGGUGUCGUCGGGGAUAUAGAGGAACAAUAUGAAAGGAUUGAUAAGGAAACGCCCACACCUACUGACAGACAGAUAGACGUGGAUAUACCCCGUUGUCACCAAUACUGCUGGUUGCUCUGUGGGUCGGCGGGACAUCGGACAUUAAAGCGGUUGCUCAAAGCCUGGUUGUUAACCAACCCUCAGUACGUUUACUGGCAAGGAUUAGACUCGUUGACUGCACCAUUCCUAUAUUUGAACUUCUGUAAUGAAGCGCGCGCCUUCGCCUGCCUCUCAGCCUUCGUACCAAAGUUCCUUCACAAGUUCUUCCUAAAAGACAACAGCGCUGUGAUAAAGGAGUACUUGGCGAAGUUCUGGCAGAUGACAGCCUUCCAUGAGCCGGAGCUAGCGACACAUCUACAUGAGAUCAACUUUGUUCCAGAGCUGUUUGCUAUACCCUGGUUCCUUACUAUGUUUUCACACGUAUUCCCCUUACACAAGAUAGUGCACCUAUGGGACGCGCUGCUGGUGGAGGGGCCGGCGUUGCCUCUGUUCAUGGGUGUCGGUAUACUCAGACAGCUGAGAGACACGUUACUAGCGUCCGGAUUCAACGAAUGUAUUCUACUGUUCUCUGAUCUACCAGAAAUUGAUAUUGGGGAGUGUGUUAAGGAAUCAAUAGAGAUGUGUCGCAGUUCACCGCGAAGUAUAAGUUAUAGACGGUUUACGAAUGAGUCUGCAGUAAAGGAUCCUAUGGAUAUAGUUGAAAUACCAAUGGAAGUAUUAUUCACGGAAAUAAGUCCUAGAAUCAAUUUGUCUGAUUUCUUCUCGCUGAUAUGCCAAGAUAAAUGCUGUGUCAUUGACAUAAGGUCUAAUUUGCUUUACGAGAAGAGCUGUAUAGACGGCAGUAUAAACGUGCCAUACAGCGGCGUCCACCUCGGACAACACGAGCUCAGGGCGCUCGGCCUCCACCCACAGCGGGUGCUACAAGAAGCCAUCAAACUCAAGAAGGUUGUAGUCGUCGCCUCUGCCCAGGAAGAGACCGCGCAAUUAUUCAGCGAUUACCUGGUAAAGUGCAACGUGCCAAAGGUGUGUAUUCUCCACGGAGGAAUAUCAGCGUUACUGACACACGUGCCUUCACUCUUCACCGUUCCACCCAAGAGGAAUGGUCAUAAGUAGAUAUUAUAUUGUAGCUAUCAGUUAUCAGUGUACUCCAAACGUCUUACAGCUGAGCCCCAAUUCUAGUAUUUACAAUCGCAGAUGAAUUAAUUGAAAUGGGAUUAAAUUGGCACUAUUCGUAUUGUUCUAAUCAUUCCAACACAAUGAUUCUAAAUUCAGUACGGGGCGAAACGCUCACGAUCAAUACAGAAUUUCAAAAAUUCUAAAGAGAAUAGGAACAGUCCAUCCAUUUGCCAGUCAUUCAUCGGCCAUUGUAAAUAACAGAAUCGUCGACCUGGAUUUUUUCUGUAGUGCGAGCGAGACACUGCUAUGUGAAGUCUAGUGCGUUUCGCUUACACAACAGUAUGUUCUGAAGGCUUACUCCCGUAACUGGUUUAAUUCUAUUUAUGAUUUUGAUUCGGGUUCGGGUUCCUAUCGGACCAAACCAAGAUCGAGUGGCGAAGCAGUAUUAUCAGUGUCGUCAGCUGUCAUUCAAGCGUAGUUGCAACUCUUGCCACUGCACCAAUUUGCGCUUGUGUCCGGGGUACAGAAUUCCAACUCGAUUCUGUCGGGAGUAAGUCUACUACAUGCUCUGGAUUUAAAUUACGUGUUCAUAAAAACCUAAUUAUAAACUGCUGAAAUACGAAGAAAAAUGUUUAAACCAGACAAUUGCCGGUUGCGUAAAAGUUCGGAUUACAAAGAGAGUUAGCAUUUGGCCUAAUAUUAAUUUACGUCCACUACAUGAAAGUGGACCUCGUCACUUCUUUACGUGACCGACAAGCAGCUACCAUGGCUUAACCAGAGCAGGAAAACCCAAAAAAGUUUUUGUCAAUUUUCUACGAUUUUGUAAACUUUAUAAAAAAUAUAGCGUAGCCAAAACCGUAGCGGUUUAUUUGAACAUUGUGAUCGAUUGAAUGUCGUAUUGCGUAUUUUUGUUAUUUCCACUUUUUUUGAUCACGAAAUGAGAGUAUUUGGCGUACUGUGGCAGACUUUUUAUACACCAUAAAUAAAUAAAAAUGUUUAUUAAGCAAUAUUGUGAUUCUAAUCACACUAACGGUUUCAGUAUAUUUCUUUUACAUUGAUUUUCUUUUAAUUAAACUUCAGUGUUUUUCAUAGGAUGAAAGUAUGGUAUGCGUUUUGUGUAACUGUCUCUAUAAGCUGUACCUACGAUUUUUGGCUCCUUAUUAAAUGAAUAAAAACAUCUGAAAUCGCUAGUGUGGCAAGAAAAACAAAAGAGUUCAAUGAGUCUGAUUGAUCGAAAAUGUAGCAUAUUAGAGCAUGUUUAUUAAAUUUAUGUUAUGAUCUGAAGGUAGAUUUAAGUAGACUUAUUUUUAUAGUUUUAUAUUAUUUAAUGUGUAGAUUUGAAGUCAUUAAUGUUGAAGUAGGAAACAAAGUUAAGUAUGUAUUUUUAUUUUAUGUGCAUUCCAUUAGUAAGUGUGGUUUUCAAUUACAUACUGUAUAUAAUGUGUAUACGUAUAGUAUCUUCGAUUAUUACCACAUAUAAGAUUAAAGUCGGCCACAUCUAACAUUUUAUACGUACUUCUUAUUUUACAUUUAUACAAUUAAUAACAAAUCUGAUCAUAAAACUAAUAGAAGACAGAUUUUUGUCUCACUAAAUAUUUUAAUGGAAUAAGCUAUUUAUACACAUUACACAUGUACGGUACUGCUACGAAUUUAUUUAAUAAACAUUAUGAACGUUUAUUGUUUGUUAUUGGUCCAGUGCUGCGAUGUGAAUUCCCACGGCUUCAUCUCUCGACUGGCUUGCACUUGAUUGAGUGAUAAGUACCCACAUAAUUACAGGCGUAUUGUCGUGUGGGCAGCCCCCUAACGGCGAGUGACGUUUUUACCCCCUAUCAUGUUAUGAAUGAGAGGUUCGUGCCGCCGCCCGGGGAGGGGAGGGGAGGGGCGCGGGCCGGCGACGCCGCUCUCGCAUUCGCCGGCCGUACCUCGCCGCGAGUGUGUGUAUUGUCUGCGCUCAGCAUUUUCAUAACAUUCCUCGCGUGAAGUGAAACUUUAUAAAAAAAUAUUUCGUUCCAAUAACAAAUGGGCGUCGAUAGUGAAACGUAAACUUGUGAUGAUGCACAGUGCUCUGUGAGGAUUGCGUCGUCUGACAGUUGGUAAUAGUGCAGUUUGCAUUCUUGCCGAGUUCCGCCCGCUCGGAAGAGGACAGUUAAAGAGUGACAGUUUGCUGUGUUUUGUGCGAGUUUUUCUCGAGGAAGUUCACUGUGUUUUGGUCGGA